CUGUAACCACCGAAUCUCGCGAGGGCUAUUCCGAGAGUCCUAGCUAAGGCUGGGGAUUCCGAGUCUCCGCCGCGGGCUCUAGCAGGGCUCCUCUGCUGUCCCGGUAUUGCUGCAGAUGAGGAAUCGGACAUUGGGAGAUCAAGGACCUUGCCUAUGGUCACAUCACUAGGGCCAUAUAUUGAAGACAAUGUCUGGAAGCUUCUACUUUGUAAUUGUUGGCCACCAUGAUAAUCCAGUUUUUGAAAUGGAGUUUUUACCACCUGGAAAAUCAGAAUCCAAAGAUGAUCACCGUCACCUGAACCAGUUCAUCGCUCAUGCCGCACUCGACCUUGUAGAUGAGAACAUGUGGCUGUCUAACAACAUGUACUUGAAAACUGUGGACAAGUUCAACGAGUGGUUUGUCUCAGCAUUCGUUACUGCUGGUCAUAUGAGAUUUAUCAUGCUUCAUGACGUAAGGCAAGAAGAUGGAAUAAAGAACUUCUUUACCGAUGUCUACGAUUUGUACAUAAAGUUUGCAAUGAAUCCGUUUUAUGAACCCAAUUCUCCUAUUCGAUCAAGUGCAUUUGACAGAAAAGUGCAGUUUCUUGGGAAGAAACACCUGUUAAGCUGAACAUGGAACAGCUCUGAAAUAAGCAGUGUCACCACAACGAGGUGUACUCAGGAAUGUGUGCGUUGUAGGUAACUUGAUUAAAUCCCCUGGAAAACUU